AUGGAGCUAACUCAGGAGGAAUGGACCACCGUGCUGAACUCGAGGAAGCUACGGGAUAUUGGAAAAGGACGGAAGGGGAUGGAUGAAAGAGAACGUAUCCGGGAGGCGAUGGGAGAUGGUUUGGGAAGGGUCCGGAGGCCUGCUAGGACCUACAGGACACCAAGCAGAACAAUUAGGCGACAGGAGGAUGUACCCGCACAUGACACUGGUCCGGGAAGGGAGGGUAGGAUGGAUGUCGUCUUGGAGUCACCACCGUCACCAAAAUCUCUUGGUGGGCCUCAACUGCAACGGAAUCUCUCUGUAUCCUUUGGGCAGGAUGAUGUUUCUAUGGGUGGGUCCCUGGUGGAGGACUUGGAAAGUGAUUGUGGAAGCGAGUUGACUCCCGGUGCUGAGGGUGGUGUUGAUACACCUACUCUGAGUAGCCUAGAGAAGCGAGGAAGUGGAAUUAGUUGGGCGGAUCAGGUAGAAGCAGAGGAGGCACAGGGUAGAGGCGGGUCUAAGCGGGCACGGUCAAAGGAGGGAGCUCUGACUGGAAUGAAUAUCAGCCGGUGGGCCCCUGCUGGGGUGCCAAGGGGACCACAGUCAGUGGUGGAGCAGGAGGUGAUGGAUUUGAUAAGGGAGUUGAAAGAGAGAGACCGGAAGAGGGAGGAGGAGCUCAAGGGGCUACGGGUGCAGCUACAGAAGCUGACAACUGCUGUGAGUGAACUUACAGCGAUAGUGGCAGGUCAGGCAUUACCUGCACAUAACUGUGGGCCAGCGGAUGUGGGCUGUGGCUCUAAGUUGCCAGUGUUGCGCCAGGGUGAUGCAGUGACUCUAGGGAAUAGGGGGGGACAGGAGAGGGCAUCAUGGGCUGGAAUAGCAGCUGCAGCUGGCGGAGCAUAUGCACCUCCGGGAAGCAGAAGGCUAUUAGAGAUGAAGGCGGAGAACGAGAGGUUGUUGAGAGAGGAGAGGCGCAGUAAGCGGGAGGUGAUAAUUGCACUAGCAGGGAGUACGAGGGCAACCGAUGAGGAAGUUCAGAGAGUUCAUGAGGAGCUGGAUAAGGAGACUCAGAGUGGUGGUGGAAGUAUAAUACGGUCCGUACGCCGGGGCCGGAACGAGUCUGGUGCUCAGAAGUUGAUAGUUACUGCACUGGAUGCUAGUGGUGCUGCAAGGCUACAGCAGAUGGGUGGUACGAUAGAUACUGCUUUGAGGGGGGUAGGACUGGAGGUGGAAGGGGUAGCAUUGGUUGAGCGGUGGGCUGGGAUUGUGAUUUAUGGGGUUGAUCGAAAGUGGGAUGGAUCCAUGACGGAAUUGAGGAAGACAUUAGAGGUUGAAAAUGGGAUCAAGGUUAUGAAGGAACCGCGGUGGUUGGGUGUGAAGGCUAAUGGGGAUGAGCCAUAUGACUCUCUGGUGGUACAUAUCUCUAUGGAGUCAGAGCGUGCGGCAUUGAUAUCACGUGGAUUUGUCUCUAUUGAAGGAAGUAGACUUGGACUUCGCAGGUUUAGGCCACCGGGUGAGGUUGUGCAAUGCACAAAGUGUGCAGGAUUGGGGCACUACUGGUACCAGUGUACAAGGCUUCCAAAAUGCUACUUGUGUUCAGGUUCGCAUGCUGGAUACCAUCACCGUUGUAUCAGCUGUGACAUCAGACAAAGACUUUGUUCACACUGUAAAGUAA